AUGUCUGACUCGAACAUCGCCAACACGUCUUCCAACGCUGAAGCUGGAUCAACCUGGCCUGGUACUUCAGGAUCCCUAGUUCAAGAGAACGACAAGCUUGAUAAACGAGGAAUACCCGCGGCUUCUGGUGCAGUUGAAGCCCAACUAUCAAGCACGCUCAUUGAUGAGGACAAGGAGCUUCGCUGCAUGAUCUGCAAGGCAGAGAAGCAUGGGCGAAAGCUGAUUGUAGCGCUUGAUGAGACAUUGAACAAAUUUGGGAGUAAGGUAGGACUCGUAGCGACACUUCUUCCCAGCAGGACUUUGACUGUCGAAGUGCAGAACUCCAACAUUGUCGAAAUAUAUGCCCGUAUGGAGAAGGAUAGCCAACAGCGUUCUUACUACAACGACGGCAUAAAGUAUGCUAACACCGCCCGCAGUACCAUUUGGAAAAGGACCAAGUUGAAGCUGGGCAGUUUGUUCGACACGGCCUUCGCAUGGAACUUCAAAAAGAUCGUCCUCGGCGCCUAUCGUUGGCUGGCGGAUACCUACCAACCAGGAGAUCAGAUCUUUAUGUUUGGUGCAUUUGCAGUGCAUACUGUUCCACUAUCGCAUUAUACAGACUUUUUGUUUCAGGAUUUUCGCGCGGCGCAUAUCAGGUCCGAGUUCUAG